AUGCACAAAGCCUAUGAUCGGGUUAAUUGGAAUAUGCUGAAUGAAAUCCUCAUCAGGUUUGGAUUUUCUGCAAGAGUGUUGGGUCUAUUAAGCCAAUGUUAUUCACUAGGGCAAGCUUCAAUUUUACUCAAGGGUAGCAUUUAUGGAAAUGUUAAAUUGGAAUGGCGCUUAAGGCAAGGCAAUCCAAUAUCUCCGUACCUUUUUAUUAUCUUUGUAGAAUUUCUGUCUAGACUUCUCUUCUCAUUGGAAAGGGAGGGAAAGAUUCAUGGCAUAAGGCUUGGUCGAAUCAGCCCCACAAUCUCUCAUCUUUUCUUCACUGAUGACAUCCUCAUCUUCUGUCGAGCGACUAGGAAAGAAGCCCUUGCUGUGGCCCGCUGCUUAGAACACUAUUCCAAAUGGACCGGCCAGAUGGUUAACAAGGCUAUGUUAUGCAAGUUGGGAUGGACGCUGGAGACUAACAUUGAUCUGCUAUGGGUUAAGGCAGUUAAAGGCAAAUAUUUCCCCCACUCCUCCUUCAUGAGGUGUGGCCAAAAGAAGAAUGCCUCUUGGCAAUGGAAGAGCCUUCUUGAUACAAGGCCUGUGUUGGCAAAAGAAAUGUGCUUUCGGGUUGGCAAAGGAACAAGAUUAACUUCUGGGAAGACCCAUGGAUUCUUAAUAAUCCGAACUUCAAGCCAUUUCCCAAUCCGAACGCCUUCUUCUCUGAGGUUAAAUCUAUUUACAAAUUCAUGUGUGAAGCUGGUAGGGAAAACUCGAGCUAGUGGAAGCAUCUAUGGGCUAGCAACCUACAUAGCAGACUAA